AGAAAUAUCGUCAUGGAUAUUUAUCGCAUCGGGCAAAUCAUAAGCGUCACCAUGCUUCUGAUUCUUGCUAGGUAUAGAGCCCACUGCAAAGGUAGGUACAUAAAUCAAAGGACAUUUAACAGUAAGGAUAAUAUUCAACUUAUUCUUUUUCACCGAUACAAACAACAUAAUCGAAACCUAGAUAAGUGUUGAUUUUACUAUAAAGCUGACAAUAUUGGUCUAAUGUACACGUUUGUCUUUUUAUUGGUAAUUUCUAGUUUGUUUGCUUCAAACGAUUCAUGGAGCCUCUUACAUUCAUGAUUUGCCUGAUUAAACCGAGUAUUAAAAUUUUCCUUAUUUGCAAAAAUCGUCUGCAAACAGUAUUGCAAUUGUAAGGUUCACGGUGUCAUAUCAUCUAUAUAAAUAACGAAUAGGAUUCGUCUUAAGAUAGAUUCUUGUUUUACAGCAUUGUCUACGCGAGGAAAGGAUGACCUUUUUCAUUGACUACUGGUUACUGGGUCUUUCUGCUAAGAUAGCUGGAAAAUUAAUCACUUAUUUUGAAUCUAAAAUAGUAACUAUAAAAGCUUAUGAAGGAGCAGAGAAUGACUUACCGUACCAAGGAUCAUGACAAUGCGUGAUGUAUUCUGGUCUUCAUAUUCUGGUUAUUUGAGUGACCUUCAUAUAAACCGAACUGCAGAUUUUACCGGAGCUUCUCCUUUUUCAGAAAAGGGAGGAUUCGCUUUUCUUUAAAAUACGGUCCAUUAUCUUUUCGAAACAGGAAAAGAGUGCGGUUCGUCUGUAAUUUCUGCCAUGGGUUUAUCGCCUGUAGGGAUUAUCUUGAAGUUUUUCAAACUAUUUGGCAAGAUCCUAUUAAGCAUAUGUUUAAGAAGUUUACAAGCUUUGUUCGGGCAAAAAUAAAAACGAAUAACGUGAUGUUGGUCCAGCCAGCUUGCUUUCAGGCUGUUUAUUUCUCGUAAGAUUUCAUUUUCAUUUACUGUCAAAACCCGCCAUGCCAAACAGAAACUAUGCUUCAUUUGUUCCCUGUGCUUUUUAAAGUGGUAUAGAUGCAUUUUGGGAUAUGGUAGAAGACCAUAGAUUACGUAAUAUAAAUUUUUUUCAAAAAUUUCCCAUGGGUGUCAACAGAUGAUCAAAUUUGUGCGUAAAUAAAUCAAAUUUUUGCAAUAACUGCAACAUUUACUGGAAAACUACCUUCAAAAUCAAAUUUUGUGGUAAUUUUCUUGACCAUAUCCAAAGAAAUAAGAAUUUGACCAUUUAACAUUUGAUAACUUUAAGCCUUCUUUGACUUCACUUGGCAGUUCACUCCUAGUUAUCAUAUUGAUAUCUCUCCUUCUAUUGAUAUACUGUUUAUGUGCUUUGCAAGUCUGGGAAACGUUCGGCAAAAACACAUACUACGCGUUUCAUAUGACAAAUAUUGAUCACACCUGGUCAAAUGAUGAUGCAACCUAACUGGAUGACCUAUUGUAUAAGAAAUCACAGUUUUACAUAUAUCCCUCACAAUCUAGCAGAGGAACACUAGCAGGUCGAAUCUAACUACUUCUGCUACGUCAAAACAAAGUCAGGAUGCAAAUAGAGAAAAUGGAAGUUUCGCUGUUCUUCUGUCUUGCUGUCCACUUUUGCCUCAUUAACAUGACAUUGGCAGAACGUCAGCCAGCAGUUCAUGUCAAAGCCAUACCAAGAUCUUGUCUUGAUCACCUGAGAGCCGGGACAACAACAAAUGGAUACUAUUCUAUUGCGGGACCAAACGGGGAGUCUAUCCCUAUCUAUUGCGACUUCACCUCUGAACCCGGCACAGCAUGGACCAUGGUUCUGUCAUGGGCCCUCAAAAACAACAAUUUGGUUGCCUUCCAAAGCACUCCAUUUUCAGUGGACGCGCCAGUCAAUGAAAGAACGCCAAAUUGGGUCGCCUAUAGGCUCUCAAAAGCUCAAAUGAUUUCCAUCAAGGCCCAUUCAACGCACUGGAGGGCUACAUGCAGCUUUAACACGUAUGGUAUCGACUUCACCGAUUACGUCAGGACGAAUUUUAAGUCAUUGGAUGUCAUGACGUAUCUUGGGGAUGGACUUUGCAAGAAAGUUGAGUAUAUAAACAUUCGUGGUCAUGCAGCCUAUCAGAAAACUGCUAGAUUUUGGCAAGUGCUGAAUACAUAUAUUCUCGUCAUUGACAGUUACUAUUCGGACGAUAUUUGUCAGUUUGGAGCAAAGCAAGGAGCAGCUACCAGUGAAGACAAUUUCGGCUAUUAUGGCACAAUAAACAAAAAUUUCCGAUGCACUGCCGGUCCAGAGUCAACCACCCAGUACUGGUUUGGUGGCUAUUUAUGAAGCAAUGACUUUCAUAAACUUAUUUUGUUACCUAAUCCUAUUAAUGAUUUACCAUUUUCAUUAAAAAUGAAGCAGAAGCGAAAUUAUGAACUCGUUUCAUCAA